AUGGACGCCCCAGUCCCAAGGAAUAAGACGGUGAAACGUGUAUAUCGAAAACGAUCCUAUCGUCCUAGAGGUCUGUAUCCGGAGAAACCCGUUCAGACAAUGAUCAAAAAUAUGGCCGCUGAAAGGCAUAACGAAAAUGAGAGGAAUAUCCAAGAAGCGGCCGACUGGAGGGCAAAGGAACUGGCUCAGGGAAAACCAGUUGACCCAAUACAAGAAAAGAAAACUCGUCGGAACUACAAAGCAAUUUGCAAAAAUAUGAACGGAAAGAGGGGUCGAAGACCCAUCACUACAGUUCGUGAGCUGGUAAAUUUGAUGCCAACAGAUCACGGAUCAAUGGUCGCUUUCAAUCCAUUGAGGGACACUAUCAGGGUAUUCAGACGCUAG